UGAUAAGGCCUCCCCUUCGAUGGCUUCCUCCGGAAGCUCUCGCAUCCGCCAUUACACCAACACUUCCACCCCUACCAAUCGAAUAGCCACACAUUGGCUUUGACUAGCACUUUACCACAAACUAAAAUGAACGUCCGGAGUCGCACUGGCUGUUCAGCCUGCAAAAAGCGCAAGCGUCGCUGCGGAGAGGAGAAACCAGCCUGCAGGAAUUGUGUGGUCCGCGGAUUCGAAUGCCCUUAUCUAUUGGAGAACUCGCAAUCGGUCACCGUGCGGCUCAAGAUCUCGCUUUCGAAUGGUGCCCGAUUACCGGUGGUAAAACAGAGUCGGAGGCAUUUUCUCACCAUUUCUUCCGGGGAUGUCUCCCAGCUGUCCUCUGAGCAUAGCCAAGAAGCUACGCCCGAAAAGGUCCAUGACACACGCACUAAAGCUGUAUCUGACUGCACGGUAAAUCCAAUUCGACUGGAAGCCUCGAUCUUCGCAGCGCCUAUAGUUGAUUGCAGUGGACUCGAGGAACAACUCUUCCAAUACUAUCUGCAAGUCAUCUGCCGAGUGAGAGUAUUCCGUGAUGAUCCAAGGAAUAAAUUCCGUUCUCUGGUCGUCCCGUUCUGCCGUGGACGAAGACCAUUGUUAUAUGCCGUUCUGUCCGUGAGCGCCAACGACCGUCGCACCGAGACAGUGGCGACCCAUAUAAACUACGAACAGCUCGCGCUAUCGUACAAAUCCCUCGCAUUAAAGUCCCUUCGGAAAUCUCUCUCCGAUGUGAGUAACGCCAACGAGGCCCUCAUGACCUGCCUCAUCCUCUGUACGUUGGAAAUUGCUUCAGGAUGCCAACCGGAUUGGGUGCGUCACGUCCAAGGCGCCUUCGCCAUCAUCAACAGCUGCUACAGGAUGAUCGAUCCUGAGAUCCUAUUCUUCGCACGGAGCUACUUCCAAUCCCGAGCAAUCUUCUUCCGCACCACAGGUUCUCACGACCACGUAUCCGACCCCGACCCCGACCCUCUUGCACACCUCCAACCAAACAUCACCCACUGCAUGGACCUCUUCACGCGAAGCCUCAACCUUGACACCAAAUACAUCGACGAACAAACCAAAAUCCAACCCCACAUCGGCUGUUCCCUCACCCUCCUCGACAUCGUCGCCCGCGCAACCGACCUCGUCAGCCAAAAACAACAACUCCGCCGAACCGGCACCAACUCCUUCUUCUCCGAAGGCGAAAUGCUCCAACGCGUCAUGUCCCUCCGCAGCGAACUGGACGCCCUCCCCAAAGAACACUCCCCGGACAGCGAGUACCUCACCACCUGCGGUCAAUGUUUCCGCAUGGCUGCGGACCUCUACCUUCAAUUGGCCUGCGAUAUUCCCUUAUCCCAACCUACCCUCCAGACUCUGCUGGGUAAACUCCUUGACCACAUCGGUCAAGUCAUCCGAGAGGACCAGGAAAGACAGCUAUUUCCCAUGUGGCCCCUGUUUCUGGCGGGUUGUUCGUCCACGACGGAUGAGGAUCGAGUGCGGGUGUUGAAUUAUUUUACGUAUCUGUCGUAUUCGUGGCCGGUUAGCAAUGUUGCCAUUGUCCGAAAGGCGACGGAGACGGUGUGGAAGUUUCGGGAUCUGAAUCCUCAUGAUUCUGGGAGUGGAUUCGAUUGGCAGAUGAUUAUCAAUCGGAUGAAUUGGAAAUUGGCGUUGUCGUAGCUAUCUGCC